GAAAGUAAGAAGAAAAACACAUCGCCAAUGGCCGAUGGCGAUGGCGUUGAAGUUCCACAAUCGCGUUGGAACGCUUGUCACACUCAGUAAUAACAACUGUACGGCCCAGAGGAACCAUCCCACUCAGGAAUUCAACAAUGGGGUAGUUAUGAGCGCGGAUCCACUACAGGACAAUGUCCCCUUUGAAGUUCGUAUCGACAGAAAGGUAAAUUCCUGGAGUGGUUCCAUUGAGAUCGGUGUGACGACGUGUGAUCCAAGCACACUGAAGUUUCCAAUCAGUGCUACUGGGUUUCGCGAGGGAACAUGGGUGAUGUCGGGGAGCUCUAUUUUGAGAGAUGGACACUCUGUGAUCGAGGAAUACGGAGCAGACCUAGAUCAGCUCAACGAAGGUGAGAAAGUUGGAGUGAUGCGGACGACAGACGGCACUCUCCACUUUCUUGUGAAUGGGGUGGAUCAGGGCCCAGCAGCCAAUGGCAUUGCUGCUAAAGUAUACGCCAUUAUUGAUAUGUAUGGAAAGUGUGCACAGGUCACCGUGGUUGACAACACACCUGGUACCAACCAGGAAAACGAUGGAAUUUCUAAUGAUGUAGCCAGUCAGCUUGCCAACGAGUUCCUUACCCAGUUGUCCAAUCAGAUUGUGAACGACCUGACCCGAAAUGUGGAGGCUUUAGGAUUGGACAAUGUGAACUCACAGUCUAAUGAGAGACUGACAUUCCACGAACGUUGUGGGAGUUUGGUCAAACUCAGCAACAAUCGACGUACGGCCGAGAGACGGCAUCCACUUGAUGAGUUUAACAAUGGUGUAGUUAUGACCAAUCGACCGCUUAAAAAUGAUGAGUUAUUUGAGAUUCGCCUGGAUGUUCUUGUGGACAAAUGGUCAGGGUCGAUAGAGGUCGGAAUAACAACACACAAUCCGUCCAUGCUGGACUUCCCUGCAACUAUGACUAACAUGAGAUCAGACCUGGAUGUUGUAGGUACCAUUAUGAUGAGUGGCUGUGGAAUCCUGACCAAUGGCAAGGGUACAAGGCGAGAAUAUGGUGUCUACAACCUGGAUGAAUUAACAGAAGGGGAUAGAAUAGGACUUAUCAGGAAAUCUAACGGACAUCUGCAUUACUACAUAAAUGGGGAGGAUCAAGGGGUGGCGUCUAACGAGACUCCUACCACAAUUUGGGGCGUGGUUGAUCUAUACGGCAUGGCCGUCAAGGUCAGCAUUCUGGACCGCAGUGAUCCCAAUUACCCCAACAACAUAACGUCUCCUACUCAGAGGGCGAGGAAUCUGUUCAGACAGUACCCGGACAUGUAUGAUGAAAUUUCAUCUGAAGAAGCUGAGCCAGUGGAGAAGCUAAUGUUUCAUACAAGAUGUGGGUCUCAUGCCGCAGUCAUUAAUAACCAAAGAACAGCACACAGACCAAAUGCGCUAGAUGAUUUCAAUAAUGGUGUGGUUUUGACCAGUCGAGUACUCAGGCCGGAAGAAUUAUUUGAGGUUCACAUAGACAAAAUGGUGGAGAAGUGGGCAGGGUCAAUUGAGAUUGGGGUCACUCUCCACUCACCAAACGACAUCGACUUCCCGUCCACCAUGACCAACAUAAGGUCGGGCACGUGGAUGAUGACCGGUACAGGUGUGAUGCACAAUGGGACAACAAUCAUUGAUAUGUAUGGCCAGAACCUUGACAGACUCAAGGCUGGGGACAGAGUUGGGGUGAAGAGGAGAGGGGAUGGUAGUCUUCACUUCUAUGUGAAUGGGAUCGACCAAGGCCAGGGGGCCACAGGAGUCCCUCCCAAUGUGUAUGGGGUCAUUGACCUCUACGGACAGGCCUCGCAGACCACCAUUGUUGACCACUCAGACCCCCUCUCUCCUGAUGCUGAUUCCUGUAGUGCAUGCGACACGGAGGAGCUCAGAUUUCACCACAUUCACGGACAGAAUUCCACAACAGCAAACAAUGGUCGAACUUGUUUGCGUCCCAACGCUACAGGCGAGUUCAAUGAUGCGAUCGUGAUGAGCAGCCGUCCCCUGAAAGAUAACGAGCUGUUUGAGGUUAUUAUAGAAAAGAUGGUGGAUCGCUGGUCGGGAUCUCUAGAGGCGGGUGUGACGCUAAUCAAACCGGAGGAACUAGAGUUUCCUAACACUAUGACGGACAUCGUGUAUGACACCUGGAUGCUUAGUGGAGCAGCCAUAAUGCAGGAUGGGUCGACCAUCAGAAACGGUUAUCCCCUGGACCUCGAUGCAGUGACUGUGGGUUGUCGGAUUGGAAUUAUGCGGUGCUCUGAUGGCACUCUACACUACUUCUUGAAUGGAGCUGACCAGGGGGCAGCCUGUACGGACGUCCCUCAUGGUGUGUUUGCUGUGAUAGAUCUGUAUGGUCAGUGUGGACAGGUGUCCAUCACCAGCGGUUCAGGAGUCUAUCCCUCGCCAGAAAACAAUCUCCUGCAGUCAGAUCAGGCCAUAAUAUCGCCCUCGUCAUCAGACGUGUCUCAUCGAUUUAGUUUGUGCUGUGGUAAAAACAUCACGAUAAAAAACAACAGCUGUACAACAGUGCGGUCUACAGGGUACAACAAUGCCAUUGUGUUCAGCUCCGAUCCACUCAAGAGGGACGAAAUUUUUGAGGUGAGAAUUGACCAGGUGUGUCGAGUGUGGUCCGGGUCACUACACAUUGGCCUGACCACCUUAGCUAUCUCUGACACAACCUCAUCAUCUGUGAUUCCAUCGUCUGCCCUUGAAAUGACCUCCAAACUGACCUGGCUUAUUACAGGGUCAGAGGUCAGGAAAAAUGGCUUUGUUAUCAAGGAGAAUUACGCACCAGCUUUGGAGAGAUUGGAGGUUGGUAAUUUAGUUGGCAUUCGUCGAGUCUCAGAUGGAACACUCCACCUCUAUAUUAAUGGUGAGGACAUGGGUGUUGCAGCCUCUAACAUUCCCAAGAACGUGUUCGUGGUGAUCGAUCUUUAUGGUCCAGUAGAGAUGAUCACGAUUACCAGCAGCUGUUCUUGGGAUGCCUCUCUAUUGGCCAGUCUGCAGUCACAAUCCAUCACCUCGGAACUCGCCGAGGCUGCUGAAAUAGAGGCUGAGGAUGAAUACCAAAAUACGACCGGUUUCCAUGCCAACCAUGGGAAAAAUAUUAUGAUCAGUAAUGGCGGACUGACAGCUGAGAGAACAGAGAGUUACAACCAAGGGCUGAUUGUCACAAGUCAACCACUGCGCAAAAAUCAAAUGUUUCAGAUUCGGAUUGAACACCUGAACACCCGCUGGAGUUUCUCACAGAUGGUAGGUGUCCUGGGAUUUUCUCCUGAGAAGUACACCUUUCCUGUCUCCUCCAUGUCAAUAAAAAAAUCGUGCAUCAUGAUCCAGGGCAGUGCUGUUUACAACUCGGGCUGUAAGAUUAAGGAGAAUUAUGGUCCCAAUUUAGAUGAGCUACAAGUAGGUCAUGUGAUUGGGAUUAUGGUGGAUGAGGAGGCCAGUCUUCACCUGUUCUUUAAUGGGGUGGAUCAAGGUGUGGCAGCUAAGGAUGUACCAGGAUCGUGUUAUGGUGUGGUAGAUCUGUACGGGAAGUGUGACAAGGUGACAGUGGUCCCUAACAGGGACAGCAGGGAAUCUCCAGAGGCCCAAAACAAGGACAAAGAGAAAGCUGAAAAAGAAGACAUUGACGAAGUGAUGAAAGAGAAGCAGUGUGUUAGUGAGACCAUUUUGGGGAGUGUUGUUAUCCGGCCGUGCGAGUAUGCCAAGAGCUGCUCGAAAGUCAGAGGCUUAAUGGGUAUCCCUGAUGGAUUUUUCCAAGAGCAACAGAUGACUUGUUAUUGUGAAUCUUGUCACAAACUCAGGGUGGAGGAUCUGUACCUCAGAAGAGGGGAACCACCCAGGGAGUAUGCAGUACCCCUGGGGUGGUGUCGGUACAUUCUCAAACAGCGCCAGAAGGCUCCAUCUUUUGUUGCCUCAGAUAAAUGGCAUGUGGCAUACUGUGGUACACAGCUGGAGGUGCUGAGGAAGAUUUUAGAUACUGGGGACAUACAUGCCUGUAGUGACCAGAUGGGUGGGGGUAGCAUCCUUGUGCCCCAGUCUGUGCCAUUCACCGAGAAGUCCCGUCCAGACAGCUCUAGUCUCAGACAAAUUAUCAUGUCUCCCACCAUACGUUAUAUAGGGUGUAACGAGUUCUCACCCAAAUUCAAAUUAUUGGAUCCAAGAACAAAAAGGACAUUCCACGUGCGUGUAGCGUUUCAGGUUUGGUUGAAGCCUGGCUCAUAUAAAGUAGGACCACAAAGUUUAGGACUCAAUGAACAGAUUGAUCCGCAGUUCCCAAAUAAUGAGCUGGAGUGGUCCACCAAAGAGUGUGGUUCAGUUCUACUGCAUGGACUGCUUGUCAAAAUAGAGAAUUUAUAGUGAAACACAGAUUUCAGCUGGAUCACUCAGACUUUAUAGAGAAGUCAUCUUGUUCUGUUCUGUUAUAUGAACUUCUCAUCAACCUAAAGGAUUGGCAGAGAAGCACAGAUGUCAAAAGAAAGACUACUCGAGAGGAAUAUCCCCCUAUUGUCGAACGUGUCCGUGGCCAUUGAUUGAUUGGUCACUAUAAGCACCAUUGCUCAUUCACCACUAUUUCAGGUUGGAUCCUCAUUCCUAGACAAAAUGUAGAUUCGUAUUAAUGACCAAGUGAUGAGGAUUUCUGCCAUCUCACCAGCUUGUGUUGAGAAAUAAUGGUUGUUAAACUUGAUACUGAGAAUGUUAUCUUCAUUCAUGUUGCAGGUUACUAGGUUUGUCUGUGUUGUAUGGAAACAAAAGCCAUUGGUGCAAGUGAAUGAUGGCUGUUACAUGUAUAGUCUUUCUCAGUGGCUUAGUUUAUUUGGACUUCAUGACUUGAUAGUAUCUGUUCAUGAAUUAAUGACAUUGUGUCGUAUCCCCACGAAGAACUGAGGUUUUUAGAAUCAUGGAAAAUGGUCCCCUUUAAAUGUUGUAUAGUGUCAAGAUUUCACAAUGUUUGCUUUAUAGAAUCUACUGACUUUAAUCCCUGUCUAAUUUAUGUUUUAUUUCAGUAUUUAGUGUUGCCAUCAUACUGAAAACAUUACCUUUCAUGGGUUAUAAUCCACUGGAUUCAGUAUUGAGACAGUAUUUCACCAAGAGUGAGAGUGUGUGUGUGUGUAAUAUUAUUUAUUUGUGUAUUUUGAACUUUUAUAUGAUCUAUUUUACAUGCUUGUACCCUUUGAUUUUUUUUCCCACUCAUAAUUUUGUUAUCAAGUGAUUUUUCAUGAAUCAGACUUUAAUUUUUCAACAGUUCUCCUUCAUUGCAUCCACAUUUUCAUUUUUUGUGUAAUGAUAAAGGAUUUUAUAGUUUUUUAGUUUUUUUUUUAUUAUUAUACGUUUCUUAAUAAAUGUUCGUUAUGAGAAAUUGCUACAAUUUGAUCAUUCAUAUAUAUACCAGUAUAUUAAUUAAUUUUGAUGUUCUAAAUACUUACAUACAGUUUUAAGAUAAUAUUUUAUAUGUACAAUGUAUCAACAUUGAACAUUUUUUUUUUUUUUUUUAUCAAAAUCAGCCUAAAUGGGAAAAUCAACAUCCCAUUCAAGAAAAUUUACAUUGUACAGCUGUAGUUUGAUGAGGCAAUGAAAUCAAUGUUUACUUAUUUUAUACUAUACAAAGUAAGUCGAGACUGUCAAUUCUAAAAAAAAACACAAAAAACUGUUGUCCCAACUUUGUAUCAUAUAGAUUGAAUAGAAAUUGCUGGAAUUUCUCAUAAUUUGAUUUAAAAAUUAUGAGAAAUUGAAUUUUGCAUAUUGCCAUGCAACAAAAUUGAAACAUAGAAGUUAAAACACCGAUGAUGUCAUAUGGUACGUCCUACAGUCAACUCAGAUUAUACGAUAUAAAAAAUGUUGAUGGAGUGAAAUGAACCAAUCAAAUUACAUUUUACAAGAGAAAUUACAUGCAUGUUAGUUAUGUAUACAUGAAAUGGAAUACAUCAGUGAUAUUAACGCAUAUUAAUAAGGUUUCUUAUAAAGAAACUUUAUAGUUACUUUGUGUUUUGUCUAUGUCGUUGAUCUCGUAUUUUCCAUUCAUUUUGUUUUUUGUGUAAAUCACGAAAUAAUAAAAAGGAAGAGAAUUUU